AUGAGAAAACAUCUGCUUUUGGCACUCCUAUUCUGUUUUAAUAGCUAUCAUUUUUUGAAAUUACAAAGGAGAUGGUCUUAUUCUUUCCUGAAUAACAGCAAUAAUGUUUUCAGAAAAAAAGAAAAAUAUAGAAGCAACAAGUUAAAAUGCAGAGUGGAAGGGAUAGAAUACAAAGUUCAGAAUGUGGAAAAUUCGUUGGAAUUUUACAAAAAUGUGUUAGGUUUUAAAGUAUUCGAGAGGGGAGAAAAUUUCGUGAAAAUGAUUUUAGGUCCCAAUGAGGCACAUAUAAAAUUAAUACAAAAAGAGGACAAGUUGGACAUGACUAUAGGAGAGCAUUCUUUCCUUGGUCUAGGAAUAAAUUUAAAAGAAUUCGAAAUAAAUAAAACAAAAAUGUACAGAGGAAAUGUGGAGGAAGGAAUAGAUGAACGACCUAUCACGGCGUGCAUAUUGCCAGACGAAGAUGCACAAAUAAGACGAUUCUGGAAAAAUUGCUUCAUAACAGAUCCAGAUGGAUAUGGGAUCGAAGUGGUGCUGACGAGUGAAGGCAGCAAACUUGAUAGGAUACGCCUUUUUACCACGUCUACGAAGGACUCUCAAAGGUUUUACUCGGACAUUUUGGGAAUGGAGGUAAAAAAAAAAAAAUGGCAUUAUUUUAAACAAACACUUAUAAAAAUACAAAGCCAUUUAGAAGAAAUUUCUUAUCCCUGGAAUGUGUAUGGUGGAAUGAGUUAUUUCUUUUCUUCCAAAACAAAUGGAACCACGCUGCAGUUAGCAUAUGCAUAUGAUGAGGAUAAGCUACACAUGGGAAAUUCAUUAGGGAACUUAAUUUUGGGCUUCAAUGAUUUAUCUCAAAUUAAAAAGAGGUUACUAGAAAAUAAUAUAAAUGUGGAAAAAUCAAAUAGUGGCUUAAUAGUGAAAGAUCUGGAUGGAUAUAGCGUUUAUUUGAAGAGCGAAAAUUAG